CCUUCUUAACAUACUCAUCAUAAAAUUAAAAAAAACGCCACUUUCACUUUUUUGCUAUUCUCAUUUUUCUGCCAACCCCACCAGGCACCAACAAGUGAUGAAAUUGUUCUAUCAACUCAAGAUGAGACUGAUCUUGCAAACUUAGUAAAAAAAACAUAGAAAUUAUUCAAGAAGUAUAGUAUGGCUUUUAAAGAUUGUUCUAUAAACAGGGAGGUUCAGAAAGCAUCGGGUGUAAAAGUCUCAAAGAGUUUUCCUCUUUCCAGUCUUGCUUCUUUGGAGUCUUUGUCUUUGCCACUGGUGCAGGAGGUUGUUCUUUCUGGUGAUAUGAAGUGUGAGAACUGCCAGAAGAGAGUUUCUGACAUUAUUAACAAAAUGAAUGAAACUGAAUCCAUAGUGGUGAAUGUAUUGGAAAAGAAAGUGAUACUUACUUUUAGAAUAUCAUCAACAAGACAUGUUGGUAAAGUAAUCUCACACAAAGUUACACCUAAAGUUGCCAUUAUGAAACGCAUAUUUCGGUCAUCCAAUGGUUAGAAAGGAAGCACAUGUGCAUAAGAUUCUGAAGAUUGAUGUGAUAAUUAGUAAUGUACAGCACACAGUUUUUGGAGUAUUCAUGAUUGAAUUUGUUUUGUGAUUGCUUUUUCAACAUGGAUAUUCCUAAAUAGAGAUAAGGGGAUUUUAUUGAAUUUUUGUGUUUGAAUAAAUUCUUCAAAAUUAAAUAUAUAUAUUUUUUAGUUUA